AUGCCGGUAGAUGAUCUGAAUGGCGCGGCAGAGAAUCAGCGAAUCAAGCCGAAGAUCAUCCCGUUGGCUUUGCCUCCUGACCGGCCGUUGGAGUUGCUGUCGUCGACAAGCUUCGCAGACCUGGACCAGGAGGAAGAGGACUGGCACGCGCUGAUAAGGCGACAACACGAGGCUUUGAUGCGGCGCCUGGAUCUGCAGGAUAACCUGCUCCACCGCUUGCUGAGCAGCGCUGCAGCCGAGGGCGGCUUUUCAGCAAGUGCCAGCCUCUCCGCGAUCAAUAGCGCGACUCCCUCCGGGUUCAAGGGCAGCGGGAGAGAGGACGGCAUCCCGCCGUCCCUGCCGUCUCCGAAGCAGUCCAAGUCGAAGGGGUCGCUUCUGACGAGUUACACAAAUGAGGACCUGGCACACAAGGAUGAGGCGCUCACCACCCACGGCCAGUACUCGCGGAACAAGUUCAACAAGAGGACGGACAAGGCUGGUCAGGUGGACACAGAUGGGUGCGUCAAGAAGAUGGUCAGGCACCAGGCUUUUGAGGCCUUCUUUGCCGCGGUGGUCAUCACGAAUGCUGUCUUUAUUGGGCUUGAUGUUCAGUUUGCCGUGGGCGUCGACAGCGAUGCGGAACGCUCAUCGGAGAUGCAAAUUGUUGGGUAUGUGUAUACUGGGCUCUUCACUGCCGAGCUGGUGCUUCGCCUCUUCGAGGGCGGCUGCAGAUUUUUCUGCGGCGAUGACUGGAUGUGGGGCUGGCUGGACUUGUUCAUCGUCAUGAGCUCUCUCUGGGAGGUAGCGCUGGAUGUGGUCCAGUUUUUCUAUCAAUCCCAAGGUGAUCUGGAGGCCAUACCCGGCAUCUCCAACAUGAAGUCCUUCAGAAUUAUCCGGCUGACGCGACUGCUGAAGACGGCUCAAUUCGUCCGCAUCUUCCGUUUCGUCAUGGCCCUUCGGAUGCUGGUGACGUCGAUCAUCUCCACCCUGAAAGCACUGCUGUGGGCGAUGGUCCUUCUCGCUCUCAUUGUUUAUGUGUUCGCUGUGCUGUUCACGCAAGAGGUCAACGACUUCUUGCUGGCAGAAACAUCUCAGCAGAUCCUCACUGAGCUCGAGAGACAGGACUUGGAGAAACAUUUCGGCUCCCUGACGUUUUCAAUGCUCAGCCUCUUCAUGAGCAUCGCAGGGGGUGUGAGCUGGCAAGAGGUGGUUCGGCCUCUCCUGUCAAUGUCGACGGUGUGGUGCUUGUGCUAUCUGUUUUAUAUAAUGUUCACAUACUUCGCUGUCCUUAAUGUAAUUACCGGGGUGUUCUGCCAGAGCGCCAUCGAAAGCGCCCAGAAUGAUCAUUCUAUGGUGGUUCAAGCACUCAUGGACAACAAGGCUGCGCACAUUCAGAAGCUGCGCGACUUGUUCUACCACUUGAACCACAGCAACAAUGACGAG